UAGUUUUAGUGUAUUAGGAAACAGGAGAUAAGGUGUGGACUUUGGAGGGAGGGAAGAUGUUCCCGUCUUCCUUCCUUGUUAUCAGUCGAAGAAGAUGGCUUCCCUGGUGAUGGGCGGCCAUCAUUGCCUCCCCUCCUCCUCCUCCUCCUCCUCGAUGGUCAACUAUGAUAUUGCCACCAUCAGCAGAAGAAGAAAGACAAGGAUGAUGUCUGGAAUGGUCACUCGAAGUAGCCUGGGUCCCGUACCACUACCAGCACUGCUUGCCGUUGCCGUCAUCUUCUCCUCCUCAUCCACGUCCACCCUCGACAAAACCCUGUCCAAUAUUCCCCAGACCCUUUCUUCUGGGGAUGAUGUGAAGCAGGCAAGGAUACAAAAGCCCAAGUCCAGGAAGGCCGAAUCUUGUACCAUCAAAUGCGUUACUACAUGCAUCCGAGGCGGUGCUGGCUCCCCUGGAGAGGGUCCCCUCAACGUCCGGAGUUUCAUGGUUGAGAGAAAAUUCGGUCUUCGUCAGCACUGGACAUUAUCAUCAUCUUCUGUCAUUUUUCUUCCAGUGUAUGUGCGUGUGUGUGUGUGUGUGUGUGAGAGAGAGAGAGAGAGAGAGACAGAGACAGAGAGAGAGAGAGAGCAGCUGUUGCUGCAGUGCCCUCUCAUUGGCCGGUAUCUUCAGCUUCUGCUUGUUCCAAAAUCCAUUUUUUUCAUGCUGUUUUUUCGCACAAUAAAGUAUUAGAUGACCAACUUUAACUUGAAAUAAUAAACAUGAGUGCAAACUAGGGGCAUAAGCCAUCCAUUGAGUCUUGUCUGAUAAUCUCAAAUGCUUUAACCGUAAGUUGCUCAUGAAGUAAAAUUCUAAAUCCUCUCGAACU